UACGCCUCAUGCACUUAAUACGCAGUCUGAGCCGGUUAGAUGUUGCAAAAGGAUUGAUUCCAAGUCAUUGUUCCCGUUUUGAACAAGGCAACUGGUUAGAAACACGUCGAACCUCAGUCCAUGGAUAAAAUUUACUGCGUUCAUGUUUUAAGUACCGAAUGUAUGAAGAACCACAUUCCGAAUUGAAUAUGACUGUUGCAACAUUUGGAUUAUAUUUAGAGGCAGUAAUUGUAAGCAGUGCCUCUUUAAGUAGCUGAUAUCUGAGUAAAUACAGUGGAGAUGCUGGCUAGAUACGGUAAAAGCGCCCUUUGCCUUACAGUGUGCUGCAGUCAGAUGAAACUGAUACUCAGUCACUGAAGGGGGAGGGAGGGUUAAGGGGAAAAAAGGAACACUUUGAUUCCCCCACCCACCUCCAGCCUGUGCCCUGGCUCCAUCCAGCAGCGUCCCCUGACUGGAAGCAGCGACAGGGAUCAGAGAGGGAGAGAUGGACCCGGACAGUUACGAAGCCAGCAACGAGAGUGUGCCCCGAGUGAACCUGAGCUCUGUCAGGGGGGCUGGCGGGCCGGAGGUAGUGAUCGUGCCAGUCGCUUUCAGUUUAAUCUUCGUCCUGGGCAUGGUGGGCAACAGCCUGGUGAUCGUGGUGCUGGGGAGGACCAAAUCGCGGAGGUCUCAGAGCACCACCAACACGUUCAUCCUGAACCUCAGCGUGGCUGACCUGUCCUUCCUGCUGUGCUGUGUGCCUUUCCAAGCCACCAUCUACUCCCUGCCCGAGUGGGUCUUCGGCGCUUUCCUCUGUAAGUCGGUGCACUUCUCCUUCACGGUCUCCAUGCUGGUCAGCAUCUUCACGCUGGUCACUAUGUCGGUGGACCGCUACAUCGCGGUGGUGCACUCCAAGCGGCCCCCGGCCAUCCGCAACAAGAGGAACGCCUCGGUGGCGGUGGCAGGGAUCUGGCUAUUGUCCUUAGUCAGCGCCGUCCCGGUCGCUCAGCACCAGAGCCUGGUCACUGGCUACCACCGCGCCCCUAACUGCUCCUUCUGCUGGGAAGUUUGGCACGAUCGCACCCUCAGGCAGCUCUACAAGGUCACCAUCCUGGUCAUCGGUUACUUACUGCCCUUGCUACUGAUCUGCUGCUGCUACGCCAAGGUUCUGUUUCAUCUCCACAAGAAAGUGAAGAACAUGUCAAAGAAAUCAAAACGAUCCAAGAAGACUGCCCAGACUGUGAUGCUGCUUGUUGCUGUGUUUCUUCUGUCUUGGCUGCCUCACCAUAUCAUAAACAUGUGGGUUGAAUUUGGGUAUUUUCCCCUAAAUGAUGCAUCAUUUGCCUUCAGGAUCAUCUCUCACUGCAUGACGUAUGGGAACUCCUGCAUCAACCCCAUAAUAUAUGCAUUCCUCUCAGAAAAUUUUCGAAAAGCCAGCCGCCAAGUCUUCAGGUGUAAAUUUCUUUUCCCACAACCCAUUGAGGAGAAGGUGGUUAGGAUUCGGAUGGAGAACUUUUCGACAACUCCUUCAACAACAAAUGCUUGAAGCCAUAGCAUUUUGAUCUGAGUAUUGUGACCAAGCAUGGAGGCCAUGCCUGUGCACUUCUGAAAUUGCACAUCCAAUGAGAGCGAGCAGUCAAAAUACUGGAUCAAGAAUUCAAAUGUUCAGAACAAUCGAUGACGUUGCCAUCAGAUGUCAGCAUUAUGUUGACCCAGAAGGUUCAAGUCUCAAGGAAUGUUCAUGAUAUAGAAAUUAAAAAGGGGCAUCAAUUUUAAAGCAUUUGACGUGAAUAGCCUGACAUGUCUAAAAUGUUUCCAGGCAUCUUCUGAAAAUGCAUUAAAGGCUUGGAAAAAGUUAAUAAGCGUUCUGAUUUGUCUGCUUGGGGCUGAGUGGGUGGGAAGUGUUCAGUACCCUCCCCCAGCCACCUCAGUUUGAGUUAUGGAGAUUUGGUGAGAUUAAGUAAACCACUCAAGAAACUUCUAACCACCAUUUUUUUUUUGGAAUGCUGGUAUAUUGACACCAAAAUUGAAGUUACACUGAAUGCUUUCAUUUCUAUGGCAAUUAUAAUGUUUUGUAUUAUUUAAUAUUGAAAGUUUUGUUUGUUGCUUGUAAACGUGGGUGAUAACUAGCUUAAUUUGAAUCUGGUUGAAUUCAGUCUGGUUUCUAAAUUCAGUUUGUUUUGAUGUAGAUGAGAUAUGGUUGAGUUGAGUUGAUUUAAUUUUCAUUCAGUCAAACUUGAUCAUUGGUAUAAGAGGCUUGAAAUUCUAAGAAAGGAAGUAGAGUUUCAUUAAUCAAUGUUGUCAUAGUUUCACCAAAUAAAUUCAAUAAAUAAUUAUGAUGGUUACUAAACAGGUAAGAAAAAUUUGAAAUCAAUAGCUCUAAUCAAGGCCAUUGCACUGUAGUUCUGACAAAUGGAUUUUCAUUAGAAAUUUCUGAACCAAGUGAUUUUGUCUAUUUAAGAGCAAUGAAUUAUUAAUCUCACUUUGACUGUUCCAAGUUAGCGCAAUUACACAGUGACUGUAUUGAAGAAGAUUAACAUUUGCAGCAGUCAGUAAAACCGAUUCCAACUUUGUAGAAGAGUAGUCCAUACAAAAAUUUUGUAUCUAGUUCUCUGGGUUUUAACCUAAUCUAUGCUACUGGGAAUACAGUCUAUCCAGGCUAUUAAAGGUCUUAAGUAAAUAUACUUGUGCGUUUUCAGUUUAGUUUAAAGUGGACAUCCAUCUGCUUAUGAUUUGGCCUUUACUAGCAGUUCCUCUCAAGCCUCAAAGGUGACUUAGUCAUACAGUAUGUGUACAGACCCUUCAGUCCAACUCAUCCAUGCUAAUCAGAUAUCCUAAAAUGAUCUAAUCCCAUUUGUCAGCAUUUUUCCCAUAUCCCUGUAAACCCUUCCUAUUUAUAUACCCGUCCAGAUGCUUUUAAAUGUUGUAACUGUACCGGUGUCCAGCACUUCGUCUGGUAGAUCGUUCCAUGCAUGCAUGACCCUGUGCAUGAAAAAGCUACCUCUGAGCUCCUUUUUAAAAAUAUUUCCCUUCUCACCUUAAACCUAUACUGUCGUGUUUUGGACUCCCCCAUCCCAUGAAAAAGUCUUCAGCUUUUCACCCUAUCCAUGCCCUUCACGAUUUUAUAAACCUCAUUAAGGUCACCCCUCAGCGAUUUUAAUCAAGUAAUGCUGCCAGGGUUGAUGAAGAGAAGAGACUUUAUAAGCCAUAUUAUUAUUGCCUGAAUUGAUUUGUUCACAAAUACUAGUUCACCUUUAGACCAUGGAAGGAAACAAGUAGGGAUUAAUGAAUAGUCUGAAUUUCAAGUUUAGAGAUAAAAUCUACUUUCUUUCCAAUAUGUUUAAUUCUUCUGCCUACUCCAGUGGCUGAAACUACUUGCCAAAGAGUAGAACAAUGUCCUUUAAUAACAAACAACUAAUUUACCAUAGACUUUCCUUUCUGUUAGAGGUGGAAGUGUCAAAAGUUCAUACUUUCUAUUCGUGAGAUGAAUUAUUCAGAUUGUGUGUGCAGAACAGUGUGGUAUGCAGUAGGCAAAUCAAGCUGUGAUUAAUAUUUCUUAAUGAGUUUUAAUUCUGUGUCCCAUGCAGAGGGACAUUGAAACUGCAGAAACUAUGGCAGCAGGAGUAAGCACAGCAAACCAGAGGUUUUCCUUGAAUGAUCUUUACUACAAAUUGCAUCAGUGGUGAUGCUUUAUGAUGACCAAUACUUUGUGAAAGCAAGGAAAAUAACAUGUUGCUUUAAAGAAAUAAUACGUAAUUGUACAUAAUAGUACUGAGAAUACAAUAGUGUGGCAGUAGAGCUGUUUAAAAAAUAAAUAGACCCAUUAUGAUCACACAUAUUGAUCUUCCUAACAAAGGUUAUGGUGUUAUUUUUCAACACUUUGUUGCUAAGAAAAUUGGACAAGUAAACCCCCACUUUUCCCUCUCAUCCUAGUCCUGUGAUUUUCUAGUUGCCUGCUAAAAAUCACUACAAACCAGAGAGAGCCUCAUUAAAUCCCCAAAUUCUAUUCAAAUAAAGGAAUUUAUCUGCUUUCCAUCACUUAAUUUGGGAAAUGUAUUAAGACAUCAAUGAAAUUUAUUUAUAUAAAACAGCUUAAUCUACUGUGUUAAUGUUGUCAAUAAUAUGUAACUUCAUUAGUUGCUACUUAGAGUUGCCAGUGUUUCACUUCCAACUUUGCAAAUGGCAUUUCUUCAUUUAUUCUGAUGCAUUUCAGGAAUCACAAAGAAUUUAAAGCUUAGAGAAAUUUAGCAACUGGGAGCAAAAAAACGACACAUUUGUUCCCCUUUUGCUCAAGAAAGAAGCACCAGCCAAAAGUGAAGACAAGUCAAAUUUAGAACUUAAACAGGAUCUAUGGGCCAGUAUUGGAAGUUAGAAUGUACAUAACCCAUUUAAUGACAGGUUCAACACUGCUUUUUGAGGCAGAUAAGGAGGGUUGAUAUUGCUGGGCAAUGAUAGAAGUGUAUUAUCAAGCAGGUUCUCAUGGAUAAAACAAGAUAAUGUAAUUCAAUUUAUUAAGCAGAGGUGCUCAGUAUUCCAGUGCUAGUCUAUUUAACUUUUCAAUACUUAUACCAUGUAUAUUUAUAUAAUUUUUUAUAAUUGACUCAUAAACCACUUGUUUAGCAUUGUUUAAGUUUUAAACUGGCAGCUGCUCACAUUCAGAUAAUCAAAUUACAUAGAACAUAGAACAUUACAGCACAGUACAGGCCCUUCGGCCCUCGAUGUUGUGCCAACCUGUCAUACCGAUCUGAAGCCCACCUAACCUACACUAUUCCAUGUAUGUCCAUAUGCUAAAUUGCACACUCAGAUGAGCUUGCAGCCAUUUAAUCCUGUUCACAAAUUAUUGCAACAAUUAAUUUUCCUCUGCCAUGCAAAACUAUUGCUUAUGUCCAAGUUAAGUUUAAAGACUUUAAAAGUAUUUUUUAAAUCAUUGGAUUUUUAAUCUCAAGCAUUUCUUUGUCAGCAAGUCAGCUGCAAUAUGUGAAAAUAUAUAUGAAAUUGUAUUUCAGAACAUUCUUCGUUAUUAUAGAACCAUAUUGGGUUACAAUCCACAUACUUUGUGCCUUGGCUUCUUGCCCUUGGUUCUAUUCAGAUUGAUUUUAUGAUUAGCAAAACCUAGUGCUGAAGAGGUUACAAUAACAGAGUGGGCUGGAAAACACUGCAGUUCUGGUAGCAUCUGUGCAGAGAAUAGCAGUUGACAUUUCAAGCCCUGUGACCUUUUAUCAGAAUGUGCAGAGGUAAAACUGGGUGCAUGUGUAAAUGAAACUUGAGAGGCUCCUUCAUUUGCACUUAAUCAGCUCUUAAACAAAUCACUGUCAAGUAUGAAUUUAAACUAUGAUUUCACCGUAUGCCUCAAAAAAACUGAAUAAAUUCUGUGGAAGAAAGUAAGUAUUUGGAAUGUGAGUAGAGAUGUAUGCCUCAAGUUCCAUAUGUAGAUUGUAAGACAAAAAAAAGGCCCGAAAUUUGGUCAGAGCUGAAAAGUUACAGAGAUCACUUUUAGAGGGCAAAUUGGAGUGCAGCAGAAAGGAGGGUUGGCCUAGGCAUUGUUGGAUGAUAACACUGACACAGCAUGACUGAGAAAAGCUACAAGGGGUGUGAGAGGAUAGUGCAAGGCAGACAUUCAUGACACGCUGUGACAAAUCUCCUCGCAGAAGUGGCUCCAAGCAGCAAAAACACGCUUUUCAAUAGGACUUUAAUAAUUAACGGUAAACACCAUUAAAUCUGUUAGUUCAACACUGCAGCCUUGUGUUCUGUGAUUCUGAUAAAAACCAGCCCAACAAGUUCUAACGUAACCUGCCGUGGUGGGAAUCACGGUGGCUGGGCCCACCUCAGGCUGGGAGAAGCUACAUGUCUGCCUCCUAGCGGUUUGAAAAUCUCCUGAUAUUAAGCUAGAGGCAGGUACAACCCAUGAGGGCAAAUUGCCUGCUUGCAGGAAUUUGUCAUUUAGGUUUACAAUUGAGAUAUUGACAUCAGUCAUCUGAGCCCAUGCCAAUUUGAUGGUGGCUCUGGGUUUACGUGCAAGUGGCAGAAAGGCCAAAGGGCACCUAUGGUGAAAGCCACUCCCUGUCCUUGCCUCUGAUCUCCCUAGCCCCUUCCACUGACCCCUUCAUCACAACUCUUAUCCACCUCCUGUAACCCAUGUACAUCAGUGAUCCUAGUUCUCUCCCUGGGUGCAUGACUGGCAGCGGCUAUUGCUCUCAAUGAUGUUUGUAGGGGAGAAAAAGCCUUCUGAGUGGAGUCCUGGAAAACCAAGAGUCUGGACAGUUAAAUGUUUCUGGCUGGAUCUUCACCUCAGCAGCAAUACAACAAGUACACCAAUCCACAUGAGUUACAUUAAGCUGUGCUCAUUGGUUCUUUCCAUUGUUAAAAAUUAGUAUCUUUAAAACUCCAUUUAAAAAUCUGUGUUGUGUAAGGGAUAAAGCAUUUUUUUACACAUAACAGAUGAUACUUUUCAUACCAGUUGGUGUUGAAAGUCGUAUUGUACACCACUGGACACCAAGAGAUUUUCAAUGCUCUUUGAUAUACAUGAGCUUCUUAAUUAGUUCAACGAGGCAUCAAUGUACCUGGAUGAUGGACAGGGUCAUGUUGCAUCUGGGCACUUUAUCAGAAUGAAAUUACAAAUUUGUUUCUGAAAUUUUGGUAUAGAGAACUAGCUAGCACCACUCAGACAGAAAUUGAGCUGCAUAAACUUUCUGGGAUUCUCAGAUCUUUCAAACUUUGUAAAUAACCAUUUAAGUUAUUGAAGAGAUGUUUGAGCAUUACCAAUCCAAGCAGGAAAGCUGAGGCAUAUUUUCUUGGCAAUGUUUUCCUAGUGUUAGCAGAGAGAAAUUUGCAAACUGAGAACGAAAAGCAAAUAUGAAGAACAAACAGUUGUUUUUCAAAUGCAGUUCAUUAUAAUGUCCUCAUGGAUAAACUUUUGUAAGUGUGGUAGAAUGUCAAAAAGUAGGAGUUCAGACAGAAUCUAUUUCCAUUUUCCAUGUUAUACUGAAUUAGUGAAUACAAUGGUUUCUGUAACCUACAUGAAUUGUGUGUUCCUUCAGAUAGUCACUGAAAGAGGUAUUUAUAAUACUGCCAUUUAUUAUAAAUAACUGAACAAGGCAAGGACUACUUUUUUUAGGUACUACACUACUGUUUAAAUAUGUAUAUAUUUUUAACCGUUUUCUUGCAUAAUCUCAAAAAUAUUUAAUUUCGUCUGCUAUCUUUGGUUGCCUGAAAGAAACAGCAAGUAAAGCUUGGAACUGUAUAAAAUCAGUGUUGUUACACAUCUAUCAGUAUUUGUGAUUGUUAAAACUCCUGCAAAUGAGAGUAUUACAUUUAUAACUAAGAUUUAUGAAGUGAAUUUAUGUUUGCUUAAAGGAGUGAAAUUCUAAGGUUCCUUUAAAGUAUUUUUAAUUUAUUUCCGAUACAGAUUUGCAUUGUUUAAUAUUAACAUUUUAUGUGACAACAAAUUGUAGUUCUCUGGAUUAAUGAUACUAUGAGGAUACAUGAUUCUACUUUGUUAUUCAAGUACACUGUCUGUAUUGUGAGUUGAUAAUGUCGAGCUGUUUAUGUUUGACAUAAUUAAAUUGUUCCAGGUACAACAAUUCUAGACACACUGCUGAAAAAUGUUUUCUUUGUUUUUAUUUGCUGAAGUGUGCAUGAAAGCAGAAAUCUCAAAGUGGGUUCAAAUGAAUGAGGAAAGGGGGCUGCAGAU